CUGCGAUUGAAAGGAAUGGAUCCGCAAGACAGAAAAUUAACUUUACCUGCCUUUCUCAAAAUCCUCACCAGCAACGACGUGCCUGUUCCAAAGGCAAUGGCAGUAGCCAGCAAAGCGUACAAGGAAUCCAAUACAAUUAACCUCCUUGCCCAACUCACAGAUACGAAGCUAAAAGUUCUUGGCGUGGAAGACAAGGAAACGCGGAAACUUGUGCUAGCUGCAAUUCGCAAAGCGGGGUACACCACGCAGCCGCCCUCUUCAGGUACUAAACAGAAACAGAAAAGUGACAAAUCCAGGGGUUUGGAUGAGCAGCCCGUAGCAGGUCCGUCUGAACCGAGGGUCGCGAAUGCGGUCCAGGUCGUGACCACGCCAGUUAAGCGGAAAAGAAAAUGGGACGACGACUUAAACGAGCUCCUGCCAGAUGGACCAUCAGACGAAGCUGCUGCGUACGGCAGCUUGGAGUUUAAUGAGGUAUUAGAUGAGGCGGUUCUCAAGACGAAGUCUACAAUCGUGAAUCGGGCGCCGUUGAUGACCGCCUGGGCAACUGUAGUUGCCGAGCGUUUAGGGUUUGAACGGGAGGAAGCGCUCAGCAUCGCUUCCGUUUAUACAGAAAUGAAUGCAAUAUCAAAGGGCGUGUCCAUAGGUCUCUUUGACAAAACACGGAAGAAAGAGAUAGAGCCUAUCAAGGAUAGCACGCAACCUUAUGUCGACUUAUUGGGAAGAAGACCUCUGUAUCAGACACAGAACGAGACAUGGCGUGCUCUCGAUAAUACUUCGCCUGCUCUCCCCAGCACAGCAUUUUCAUAUAUAUCUCGUUCUUUUCGACAGACAACUCCGUACGUCAUCGGCGCCCUCCGCUUGUUGGCCGAAAGCUUCCCACCCCCAGAACUUAAUAACAAAGGCUUCGGCUUGUAUGCCGAGUUCAGACCCGACGUAGACGGGUGGGGUAAACGCGGCGAGGUGCGCUGCGAACGAAUUCUGUCACUCCGCAAGAAGGAUAAAACCACUGUCGCUGAGACCAGUGCGACAGGCGGAGUUGUAAAGCUGGAACCCAAUCGUGAUUUGAAAGCAGAUGAAGGUGCAGGUGGGAUACAAUCUGGUACGUUGGAAGGACCGGAACAUAAGAAGGCACGAACGAUGACGCUCGAGGAAUACGAAGCUGCAUUGGACCAGGAUGACACGUUCGAUGAUGUAGAGCUAAACUUUGAAUCUUAAUCAGCGAUGAAUCUUGAUUCAUUUCGAAUUGCCGCAUGUCACCACCGUACCAUCCUAACAGUAUCAAAAAC